AAAAAAGUUAAAUCAAGGACAUAUUUAUACACGUUCUUUACAUAACAUCGGCCCACCUUAUACGACGUUACAUUUACGUCAAGCGGGAGGAUCCACGCGUUUCGUCGUCAGCCAAUCAGAAUCGAUUCUCCUCACCUGAUCAUCAGACGGCGGAAGUGGAUCGAAUCUAUUAUACCGGCACAUGUGGCCAAUGCUGCUAGAUUUCAGUAGAGAUGAAUGCAAAAGAAUACUUCGUAAAUUGGAAUUAGAAGCAUAUGCUGCUAUUGUGUCAGCUUUUAGAGCUCAAGGAGAAUUGACGAAAGAUAAGAAAAAAUUGUUACAAGAACUUUCUACAGUUUUAAGCAUAUCAUUGGAAAGACAUAGAGCUGAAAUUAGAAGAGCAGUUAAUGAUGAGCGUUUAAAUACUAUUGCCGAUCGAAUUUAUGGACCAAACACAUCCGUUGAUUGGGCAAUAGAGGGUCGUCGCCUUAUUCCUUUAUUGCCUCGGCUAGUUCCACAAACGGCUUUUACAGCAGUAGCAAAUUCUGUUGCUAGUAUUCAAGCUGCCAAAAAUGCAACGAUGCCUUUGCCAAGCGCUUCGGGAGUUAAAGAAGGUGCUAUUCCAACAACUAGCAGUGCCCCUCCUACUCCAUCCAGAACCCCUACACCUACACAAACAUGUAGAGUUUCAUUACCAAGUUCAAUUCCCUUAAAAACUACUUCAGUAAAUGGAAACAACUCUGGAAAUCUUACUGGUGGAAUUAUAACAAGACUACCUCAAGAAACAAAUGAGGAGAAUCAGAGUGAAGAUUUUAAUGGAAAAAAGCGAAAAAGAUCUGCAUCUUUAGACUCUGCAUCAUUACCAGAAAAGAUUACUAUAUCUUCUAAUCCUUUGGUAUCAGAUGAAAAUCAAGCACCAGAAAAACCUGUAACUACUACAAAUAAUGGAAUGUUAUGCUCAAGUACACCAGUUACUACUCAAGCAACAAUUACAAGGACUUUUGCUACAACACCUAUUAGAAUAACACUGCCUUCAUCUCAAAAACAAAAUGCUGCUGUCAGUUCAUCAGCUAUACCAAAACAAGUUGUACUUCAACAACUUCAAACAUCAAAUGCUUCGACAACUGCAAAUGUUUUUCAAAGAUCCGUCAGUAUUCCGGUUGUCAAAACCGUUUCUGCGACAGCAACUACAAUAACUCAAAAGCAGUCGAAACAAACGGUGUCACCUUCUGUUCAAGGCACAUUACUUUUAACAGGAAAAGUUUCAACUACAACAACAACAGGUCAGAGUCAUCCAUUGAACGUGCCUAUUGCAACUGUAGGCACAAUAGCAAGAACCCGUCCAAAAACUUUACCUCCGCCGAGACAAUCUAUAAGACCGAGAAGUAGCGUUUUGUCCAUAAAUCAAAACAGAAUGCAAUUUGUUGGGCAGAAUUUUACAAGUCAGUUACCAACUCCAGUAGCCAAAUCUUCAUUACAAAUUGGUACACCUAUUCAAGUAAAACAAGUGUCUUCUGAUGGAAGAACAGUUCAAAUUCGACAAGAAGGAGGUGUAAAAAUAGUGGCACAAGGAUUACCUGUAGCAGCCAGUAAAAUUUUGCCAAAACCAUCCACUUCUCCCAUCGUUAUGGUGUCUUCGACUCAAGGUUCUAAUGCGUCUAAAUUUUCAGCCUCUUCAACAGUUAUCCAAAAUCAAAUUGGUACCAAAAUGGUCAGUAUAGCUUCGCCUCAAAACAACCAAUCUUCAAACAAAGUCACCGCAAUCGGAAAUGUUUCAUUAGUAUCUCGUACUUCACAAGCAUUCUCGACUAGAACUGGGUCGGCAGUUGUCCAGUCUCCCGGCGUUAAACCAAACGUAAUAGUAGUUCAUAAAGCACAAGUUUGGCCGCAGUCUCAAGGACAGGGAACGACUAUUGUCGUUUCGGGAAAUCCUGUUCCAAAACUCUCUACGGAAACUGUGCAGGAAACAGUUACAUAUAUACAAAAAUCAGAAGGCGGUAGAACAAAUUCGUCACCUGCGGUUGUAUCAGUUUCUUCAUGUAACCCAGCAAAUAUUUCCGCAUUGAAUUCAACAGCCAUCACUAAUUUCGAACAGUCGGAAAAGAAUGAAUCGAGUACAGUAAAUCAAGAAAAUAAAACUACGUUAAAUGUAAAUUCUAAACAAGCUGAUGAAAAAGGAGAAAUAGACAAGAAAAAUAAUCUUCUAGCUGAUGUAAUUGAAGCUAGUGGGAUCUUGUCAGAUGGCACAGAAUCAUUUCCUCCAUCUAUAAAUGCAAAAUCUGCAUUGUCUAAUCAGGAAGAAAAAAUAUCGGAGGAACUAGAAGAACCAACUGAAACGGUUGUGAUUGAAAAAGAAACGGAAGUCUUAAAUGUCGAAGAGACAUGGACUGAUGAAUCUAGGUUACAAGAAAUAGCACCAUUAGAAAAUGAUGAAAAACAAAACGAAGAAGUUUUAAAUGUAGACACAUCAUUGAGUCUUGAAGAUAUUAAUUUACCAUUAAGUCAGUUGGAAGAUGGACAGAUACUAGAAAUUCAGACACAAGAUGAUGCAGGUGUUCUUAGUGAAUCUACAAGAAUAACUAAAGAAAUGUUGGAGCUUUUACAACAAGCUGGUCUUCAUAUACAAGAGAUUGAAGUUAAAAGUGAUUUGUCAAAUGAUAGUUAUCAAGGAUCGGUGCCAGUUAAAUCUACCAAUGAGGAAGAAGCCGUCGAAAUGAAAAAUAAAGAGAGCUGCGAAUUAUUAAAACAUGAAGAUAAUGAUUCUUGUGAGAAACUAAUCCUCUGUCAGCAAGAUGAAUACGAAUCAUCCGAAGUGGAUAAAACCAUCAAUGAGUCCACCCAAUCCAAAAAUAUCCAAAGUAAUUUUUAAUUUUUUUACUUUUUG